UCGGUGCCUCCCCCUCCGCGCCGCCGGGGGGCGCUGUGGGGGCGGGGCCGCGGCCGGCGGUGGCGGCGGGGUGAGAGGUCGGCAAGAUGGCGGCGGCCUUGGCGGAGGAGGCGCCGGACAACGAGGACUACUACGCGCUGCUCAACGUGCGGCGCGAGGCCUCUCAGGAAGAACUAAAAGCUGCCUACCGCCGUUUGUGUAUGCUUUAUCAUCCAGACAAGCACAGAGACCCAGAGCUGAAAACACAAGCUGAGCGGCUGUUUAACCUUGUCCACCAAGCUUAUGAAGUGCUUAGCGAUCCACAGACCAGAGCCAUCUAUGACAUAUAUGGGAGGAGAGGACUGGAGAUGGAAGGAUGGGAGGUUGUGGAAAGGAAGAGAACUCCAGCUGAAAUCAGAGAGGAAUUUGAGCGUUUGCAGAGAGAGAGGGAAGAGAGAAGACUACAGCAGCGAACGAAUCCAAAGGGAACUAUUAGUGUUGGAAUAGAUGCCACUGACCUCUUUGAUCGUUAUGAUGAAGAAUAUGAAGAUGUGCAAGGGAGCAGCUUUCCCCAGAUUGAAAUAAACAAAAUGCACAUAUCCCAGUCCAUCGAGGCACCACUAACUGCCACGGACACAGCAAUACUGUCUGGUAACCUCUCUACCCAGAAUGGGAAUGGAGGUGGAUCAAUUAAUCUUGCUCUUAGACGGGUGACAUCUGCCAAGGGAUGGGGAGAGUUGGAGUUCGGAGCAGGAGACCUUCAGGGACCUCUCUUCGGUCUGAAGAUAUUCCGUAAUCUUACACCAAGAUGUUUUAUCACUACAAACUGUGCUCUGCAGUUUUCAUCCCGUGGGAUCCGCCCAGGCCUCACCACAGUUCUAGCCCGCAACCUUGAUAAGAACACAAUGGGAUACUUACAGUGGCGGUGGGGCAUCCAGUCAGCCAUGAACACAAGCAUCGUCCGGGAUACAAAGACCAGCCAUUUCACAGUGGCGUUACAGCUGGGAAUCCCUCAUUCUUUCAUGAUGGUCAGUUAUCAGCAUAAGUUUCAGGAUGAGGAUCAAACACGAGUGAAAGGUUCUCUCAAGGCGGGUUUCUUUGGGACCAUAGUGGAGUACGGAGCAGAGAGGAAGAUCUCCAGACACAGCAUUUUAGGAGCCACUGUCAGUGUUGGAGUUCCCCAAGGAGUGUCUUUGAAAAUCAAGUUGAACAGGGCUAGCCAGACCUACUUCUUCCCUGUCCACCUAACAGAUCAGCUGCUUCCCAGUGCUGUAUUUUAUGCCACUGUGGGACCCCUAGUUAUCUACUUUGCCAUGCACAGGCUAAUCAUCAAACCCUACCUCAGGGCACAAAAGGAGAGGGAGCUGGAGAAGCAAAGGGAGAGUACUGCCAGCGACAUCCUUCAGAAGAAGCAGGAGGCAGAAGCUGCAGUCCGGUUAAUGCAAGAGUCUGUCCGGAGGAUAAUUGAAGCAGAGGAAGCCAGAAUGGGUCUGAUUGUAGUGAAUGCCUGGUAUGGGAAGUUUGUUAAUGACAACAGCCGGAAGAAUGAGAAGGUGAAAGUAAUAGAUGUGACUGUGCCCCUGCAGUGCUUGGUGAAGGACUCUAAGCUCAUCCUUACAGAGGCAUCCAAGGUUGGGCUUCCAGGUUUCUACGACCCCUGCGUGGGUGAGGAAAAGAGUUUGAAAGUGCUUUACCAGUUCCGGGGAGUUCUGCACCAAGUGAUGUCAGCUGACAAUGAGGCCCUUAGGAUACCAAAGCAAUCUCACAGAAUCGAUGCAGACGGCUAAUCUGGUGAGAGUGUGCGCUUCUGUUACGGUACCUGGGUCAACGGAAACUGCAAAACCUUCCCCCAGAUGCUCCAAGUUCGAACAGAGACAUUUUUAUUUUUACUAUCUAUAUAGCAGGUGGUGGCCUACCAAUUAUGUUAGGAGAAAAAAUGAGAGAACUUGCUUCUCAAGGUGACUCCAAGGCAAUACUUCUCUGAAUUGUGGCUCAGUAACCAAUAAAGCGACAUGACUCUGAACGCGCAGUGCUUUCUGCUGAGGUUGUGUGAGUGGGCACUGAGCACCACCCGUCAUGCAGCCAUCUUCCCAGUUGCCAUUUAGCCACAGUCCAUUUGUGCAGUCUCACAUAUAUCUUCCUGCACUGAACAAGGAAGAAGACUUGUUCUCACUUCUCCACGUGCUUACUGGGGUAGGUAACAUAACUUUUUCUACUCCUGAGGGAAAGUUAAGUUCUCUGAGUUAAGGCCACCUCCAGUCUUUUGUGUAAAUCCUUUUGUUGGAAAGAGGACAGAACUCAUUUUCCAUCCCAAUUCUGUAUUUGAAAUGUACUUGUUAAGAACAAGUAUGUUUGGAAUGAAGCUCUUUGCUUUUUGUAGUGACAUGGAUCUCUUCCAUAUGAAUCCGUUCAGCUGCUCACUUCAAACACUGCUAUUCUGGGUGAGGACACUAGAUAUAAUGAUCUUACUAACUCUUCUUCUGUCACCCAGAACCAUCUCCUGUCAAUGUUUUCAGGAAAGUAGGAAAGCAAACUGGGGAGAAGGACAAUUCAUGUAAUUUAUUUCUAGGAAAAAGAGGAAUGUAAUUUACAGAAGUAAACCAGACCAAAGUGAGAAGCCAAAUGGGGUAAAGAGCUGAAAAUGUAAAGUUCAGCCUUCUUCUAAAAAAGCGUCAGUUGUGACAUAAAUUGGCUGCGUUAGUCUUGCAUGGAAGCCAUGCUGAUGGUUUAGCAGCAGUCCUGUCCUAGUGACACAGCAAAUAGAAAUGGCAGUCCUGUACUAUCUACUAAAUGCUGUGUAUGUCAGUACUGCCGAAAUUUGGGGGGGUGUUGGUUACGGAGAAAAGGAGUAAUUGUGUCUGAGUCACAGUUCUGCUCCUGGUGACUCCUAGAGCAGCCUUUGUGGCUUACAUGCAUGAGACAGGAAAAAAAGUAUCUUGGCAGUGCAUUGCUGCUCUUGACAAUUAUUACCAUAAAUCAUUUCCUGACAUGUACCUGGUCCCUUUUUCUUUUCGACCAUGGUUCUCUUUGCUCAAGUCCUGAUCUUAAAUGCCCUGCUGCAAGUAACUGUAACAAGAGAAUUAGAUUUCCAAAAACAGGCUUACUUGAGCUGGUCUGCAAGAGAUGCCCCCACUCCCAAACAAGUUCAUACAAUUAAGUGUUGUUCACUUUUUUAAAUAAAAACAAAACAAAACUCUUCAGUUGUGACCAGCUCCUGCUGUAGGUUUUUAUUUCACUUACGAUCAAUGUUCUGUUGAUCUGAUAUUAAAUGUAAAGUAUGAAAUAAAUUAUAUUCAGAUGAAAACUA